UCUAGUAUUUUUCUUCCGAGUUUCGGCGGUUUCGGCUGUGGCAGUUCAGUCAGCACCGUGAGAUUUGUGUGAAUCCUGUGGAUCCGUUCAUGUUAUAACCUAUUUGUUUAUACCGAUAUUGUUAAAAGCGCUAAUCGAUCUUUUUGAUACUAGAAAACCAUCGUACGCCUAUCCGAUUUAUCGGAUAACAUACAAAAAUAAUGCCUAGUGAUAAAGAAAACGAGGAACGAAACAUCAUGUUUAACGACGUUAAUUCUGAUUCUGCAUCGAUGAAUAGCGUUCAAUCUUCAGGACUUAUGAAUUCCCCUAUAGAGCGAAAAGAGCUUUUACGGACUUACUUGACAAGGACUCAUUCUUUAAGGGAAUACUGUCGGGGCUCAAUGAUAACAUUGGAUGAAAUUGGCCAAGAGAUAGACGUCAUUAAUUUCGAAGUGCCUGUUGAUGAUAAAGUAAGCUGUCAAGAUGAGGUUCUGAUGGAUUCUCAAAUUAUCACAACUUCUUCACAUGUACUGCGAAAAGCUUCCACUGUACUUACGAAAGAACUCGACCCAUACGAUUUGUGGGAUUUUGUAGACAAAUUAAAAAAGUACGUCUUCAAGUUGCCAGAUUCGUCAUUAGAGAAGCCUAAUUGGUCUCUUUUUGCACUCGAAGUCACAAAUUGGUUUCGACGGACUCCCAAUUUCUCAGCACUCUCAGGAUGUCUAAUUCCUCUUGAGAAGAAAGUCGUGGUGAAACGUCGGUCUAAAAAUCGAGAUUCACUGGCACCUACGAGUAGACCUGAAGCAAUUAUCAAUGUUGAGAAAACAGACGACAGACUCGAGGAAACCUUAGAAAAGUUUAAGCUUAUGACAUUGAACUACAUUCAAGAGACAGGCAAACCCAUUGAAUUUUUCCAUCUCGUAUUAGAUCCUGAUUAUGGAAAAACAAUUGAAAAUAUGCUGCACGUUGCAUUUCUCGUUCGUGACAGAAUCAUUAAAAUCGCAGCUGAUGAAAGUGGAAAUCCAGUUAUAAUGCGUUGUUCCAAAGAAAUGAGAACUGCUGCUAAAAAGAAUAAAACGUUCAACAUUCAAAACGUUCUUUCGCUGAGUUACAAACAGUGGGAAACCCUGCUCAAAAUAUAUCGGAUCGAACAUGCAAUGAUCGACUUUACGUAACGGUAUCGGACACAGUUUUUCUGUGAAUGAUUGAUAUCAAAGAAUGUUUUGUAUGUGUUCAUUACGACUGUCAAUGGGAAAACAGGUUACUCAAACCUAUUCUCGAAUCGUAAAUAAAAAUAUGAAAUAAUAUUUGUAUGAAAUUGAAUUCCAGUUUGUGAUAAAUAAGUCUUAGUAUUUUUGUACUCUAAGCAAUAAAGACUAAAGAGAAAGAUUA